GUCGUUUAAUAAACACGAAGUCAGACAAGACACUACGCCCACCAAGGCAAAAAAGCAAAAAUGUCACGUCAACAAGAAGUCGACGAGCUUUUCGAUGUGAAAAAUCACUUUUACAUCGGCAAUUUUCAGCAAUGCAUUAAUGAAGCACAGAAGUUAAAGCCCUCUUCAGCGGAUGUCAAGGUGGAGCGAGACAUUUACCUCUAUCGGGCCUAUUUGGCCCAACACAAGUUUAGUGUGGUGCUCAAUGAAAUUUCGAACUCAUCCCCACCUGAGAUUCAACCACUUAAAUUGCUAGCAGAGUAUCUCUCUAAGCCCUCGGCAAGGUCCGACAUCGUGAACAAGCUGAACGAACUGACCUCUGGCAACAUUGACGUGUCCAACCAAACGUUCCUGAUCGUGGCAGCAAUUAUCUACUUCCAAGAGGCAAACUAUGAGGCCGUCUUGAGAAUUUUGCACAAUUCUGAUAGUCUUGAAUGCUCUGCUUUGGCUCUGCAAACUUACCUGAAGAUUGACCGAAUUGACUUGGCCAGAAAGGAGCUGAAAAGCAUGCAGGAGCGUGAUGACGACGCCACCCUAACCCAAUUGGCCCAGGGCUGGGUCAACAUUGCCAUGGAUGGAGAGAAGCUGCAGGAGGCCUUUUUCAUCUUCCAGGAGAUGAUUGAAAAGCACGGAGGCACUCCGACACUGCUCAAUGGUCUUGCUGUUUGUUACAUUGGCCAGGCCAAGUUUGAAGAGGCUGAGUCGACCCUGCAGGAAGCCCUGGAAAAGGACCCAAAUGACGCCAACACGCUGAUCAAUAUGAUGGUCCUUUCGCAGCACACGGGGAAAGCACCUGAGGUUUCCAACAGGUACUUGAGUCAACUCAAAGACUCCCAUGCACAGCAUCUGUUUGUGAAGGAAUAUGCCCAGAAAGAAGAUGAGUUUGACAGACUGGCCAGUCAAUAUACACCAGUUCCAGUUUCCUCAUAACUCUUAUAUAUGUCGUUUUAUUAUGCUUGUGUUUGUUUAUAAAAUAUCAUUAAUAAUGUUAAGUACUCAGUACACAAGUAAAUUCAUUCCAGAAAGUUUCUGAAUUGGAAAA